AUAUAAAGGGCAAUGGCCAAUGAAGCUGAACUCUUAAAUCAGCUAUAGUAUUUAAUAAUUAUUUUUUUUUCUUUGUGAAAAUUGGAAUGAAGUGGGAAUUAAUGAAGAAGAUAUACCCCAACGGGAAUGGAUUCAGCUGGUGCCCUUCCUCUUCUUCUUCUUCUUCUUCUUCCAGUUGCAGCGAUGAUGAUCCAAUGGUAGUCCUGACAGUAUGGAAGAAAUCGUUGGUUCUCAACUGUGAGGGAUUCACCGUGUUUGAUGCCAAUGGGAACCUUGUCUAUCGGGUCGACAAUUACAUCAACGGCCCUCGCAGAGUUAGGGUAUCUAAUUUCAAUGAGAUCUCCCUUAUGGAUGCCUUGGGAAACUCUAUUCUCACCAUCCGUCGCCAACGCAAGAAGCUGGACAGCAGCAACUGGUUUUUGUACGACGGCGAGACCACUGAUAAUCCGAGGUUUACGGUGAUGAAGAGGAAAAGUAUCAACAGCAGCAGGAAAUGGGCGGCUCAUGUCAUCAGCAAUGAUAAUAAUAAUCAUAAUAAUUAUGUGAUUGAGGCGAAUCGCUGCUGUUGCUGUGUGUAUGAUGAGAAGCGGAGGAGGCGAGUGGCAGAGCUGAAACCCAAGGAAACUUGUGUCAAAGGCCUCGCUUUUGGUGCCGAUGUUUUCCAAUUGCUUCUAUUCCCUGAUUUUGACCCCUCGCUCGCCAUGGCAAUCGUUAUCCUCCUCGAUCACAUGGGCUCUCUCGCUCAACGAUCGCGGACAGGUCACGGACGAAGGCUCCUGAUCAGAUCGCGGCGGCGUGCGGUGCUCGCAGGAUGCGAUGGCUGCCUGUCGGGGUGCGGUUGUUCAUGGCGGUGGCUCUCGUUGGUCGCUCGCCUCGGCUCGCGGUUUCUUGUCACGUCGGGAAAGUCGGACGUGGAUUUUGAAAGUGGUGCAAUGUCAUUUCCAUCCAUAUUUGCUUGUUGUAGGAGCUGUUGGCGUUUCUCUUAG